AUGAUGUUAGCACAGGAGUGUAAAUUCAUUGCAGAAGGCAUCAUCGAUCAAGGUGGUGGUUUUCGAGACAGCCUGGCAGACAUGUCUGAAGAGCUUUGUCCCAGCUCAUCAGAGUGCCCCAUGCCACUUCCAUUCUUCACACGAACUUCUAACCAGGGGGCUGGAGAGGCCAGAGACUUCUAUGUGCCAAAUCCUUCAUGCCGAGAAUUCCACAAGUUUGAGUGGAUUGGGCAACUAAUGGGUGCAGCUCUUCGCGGAAAAGACUUUCUGGUUCUGGCUUUGCCAGGGCUGGUGUGGAAGCAGCUGAUUGGAGAAGCAGUCAGCUGGACUAAAGACUUUCCUGCAGUAGAUUCAGUGCUGGUAAGAAGCCCAAACAUUUCUCCCUCAGUCCUAUCUUUGCAUCUAGGUACUGACUAGUCCUUGGUCAGAGGGGAACUGGUCAUUCGAUUGAGCCUGAUUUCUCCCAAGGUUUUUUCCCUCCAUUUCUGUCACCUAAUGGAGUUUGGGUUCUUUGCCACAGUCUUCUUUGGCUUGCUUAGUUGGGGAUUAAAAGACAAUUAUUAGGGAUGCAUAGUAUUAUCAGAUUGAUAUCGGAAUCAG